UACGUCUAGUUGCGUCAACGCUGCCUUGAUUACGGAAAAGGAAGAAGAAGUAAAUGGUAAACAAAAAUGUCUAUCGUCUUUGUUCCAAAGAAAUUGCGAGGAAAGGCGAAAGUCAAUCAGGAAACAAUACAGAGGUUGCUGGAUGAAAAUGACCAGUUAAUCAGAUGCAUCACUGAAUACAUGCAGAAAGGACGCGCAGUGGAGUGUGUACAAUACCAACAGAUCCUGCACCGCAACAUCGUCUAUCUGGCAACCAUAGCUGAUGCCAGCCCUGACAUAAUGCCACCGCCCUCCUCAGAUGUUGCAUCUAAUGCAACUACACCCUCCACACCAGCUAUGAAUGGGUAUGGAGGAACAUGACGACGGCAUGAUGUUGACAACGAUUUCAUAUUACAAGGACAUUUUUUUAUGUACAUUCUGAACUGUUAUGUCUUUCAAUCCAGGAUCACUGGUGUUUCAGUUCAGUAAUGCUACACUGAAUUGUAAAGAACUCUUAGGUUUGUGGUAUCCUCUGAAAUGCAUAGUAAAACAUCUUCUAUUUUUGAAAGUA